UACGCGCUGGGCCAUUAUUUCGUAACAAAAAAAAUAAAAAUGAAAAAGGCCGCUACAUUUGAUGACUUUUUCAAGUUGGCCAGUUUUUUCUACAGAACCAUUGGCAUAGAACCCUACGAUGAGCCAGGAGUUGAAAUGAAGAAAUCCAAAUCUUUUGCAGAAAAUUUCAUAUUCUACUCGGGAGUCAUAAAUCUGAACUAUGUUCUCAUCAUGGAAAUAGUCUACGUGGCCGUGGCAUUUAUACGUGGCGAAAAUAUUCUCGAGGCCAUAAUGUGCCUAUCCUACAUUGGCUUUGUGAUUGUCGGGGAGUCGAAAAUGUUUUUCGUUUUUCGCAAGAAACCCAUUCUAAGUAAAUUUGUCAAACGACUGGUGGAAAUAUUUCCCCAAGAAUUCGAACUACAAAAAACCUACAAUCUUUCGAGUUAUUUGCGGCAAUCCAGCAGGGUGACCAUUGGCUUUGCCCUACUCUAUAUGAUAUUGAUUUGGACCUAUAACCUCUAUGCCAUGACUCAAUAUUUGCUCUAUGAAAAAUGGCUGGGAAGUCGCGUUGUGGGACAACAGCUACCCUAUUACACAUAUGCCUGGUGGGAUUGGCAUGAUCAUUGGACCUACUAUCUAUUGUAUUUUAUACAUGCCUUUGCGGGCUAUACCUCGGCGACAGGGCAAAUUGCCAGCGACAUAAUGUUGUGCGGAUUUGCCACUCAAAUAAUAAUGCAUUUCCAUUAUAUUUCGCAUGUCUUGACGAACUACAAGGUGAAAGUGGAUGAAGCCAAAGAUAAGCAAGCGGGACGUUCACAGGACAUUACAUUUCUAAAGGACAUAAUUGAAUAUCAUAAUUGCUUACUGGAGUUAAGUGAACAACUGAACAGUGUCUUCAGUCUACCGCUGCUGCUGAACUUCUCAGCCUCUUCGUUUGUCAUUUGCUUUGUGGGCUUUCAAAUGACCAUUGGUGUGGAACCGGAUGCCCUAAUCAAAUUGUUUCUGUUUCUCUUCUCAUCAACAGCCCAAGUCUAUUUGAUUUGCCAUUACAGUCAAAUGUUAAUUGAUGCGAGUUUGAAUGUAGCCGAUGCAGUUUACAAUCAAAAUUGGUCCAUUGCCGAUGUUCGAUAUCAAAAAAUGUUGAUACUUAUGGCCGAACGUGCACAAAAACCGGUCCAACUGAGAGCGACAACUCUUGUGUUGAUCUCACGGGGAACCAUGACUGAGCUCAUGCAAUUGUCUUAUAAAUUUUUCGCUUUGCUCCGAACCAUGUAUGUGAAGAAAUAAAGGAAUAAAAAAAAAUAAAAAUUAUGCAAAUACAUAUAUAACAAUCUAUUUGGUGUAUCAAAAGUUGUUCGCAUAAAAAUAAAUACAAACGAAUACUGAGACUAAUCA